AUGGCUUCUAAUGAGGCAAUGGACGAUCCUCAGGCCAUGGAGGAUGUCCAGCCUACGAACCAACGACCUAUCAAUAUUGAGAGCGUGAAGUGCAAGAAGUUCAAGACCGAUGACCUUCCCUUGACUGCCGCGCAACACGGAGUCAUCGACAAACUCUUACAUUCCUUCAAAAAGAAAGGUGGCUUUGAUAGUGUUCGCAAACAGAUAUGGGCAGAAUUUAACGAUGGGGAACCUCGAACCGAUUUUACCAAUCAAUUGAUUGCACUUGCGGAAUCAGAGAUCGAUCGUGAACCAGCACUCCUCUCCCGCGAGAGGGGAAAAGCAGCGACGCUCAUUGAGGGUGCUGUUGACCGCGGUGAUGUCUACAAGAGCGUGGAAGACUCUAUCGACCGACUGGCCUCUAAACACCUGGAUUUCAUCCUCGAAUCUGUUCGUGAGAUCCGGCGCCAGGAUGUCGGAGAAGAUGUGGCUGCGCGUGAACUUGCGCUAGGUAAUAAAACCGAUGCCGAUUACGACGCCCACGUCAGCGCCCAGCGUGAGGAGCGGGAAAAGGUGUGGCGUGAAGAGGAGCGCAAACAAAGGGAGCUUGAAGAAGAGGAAAAGCGCGUCAGGGAUGAGGAACGCAAGAAAAAACGUGAAAUUGAGCGUCAGAAGGACGAGGAGGACCGGGCCCGAAGAAAGGAACUUGAAGAACAGAGACGGGCUGAUCGUGAACGUCAACGUGAAGAACAACGGGCUCUUGACGAUCUACGAGAACGGGAACGAGACGAAAGAUAUGAACGACGAAGGCGGGAAGAUAGGGAGCGAUAUCGAGGCUGGGACCGCGACGGCAGUCGAACUCGAGACCGUUUCCGCGAUCGCUCCCCAGCCUAUCGCUCCGAUCGUGGCUUGUCCCCUCGGCCUCGUGACUCGAAAUAUGAGAAGUCUUCCACUUCCAAUGCUCCUACGCCUGUGCCAGCGCCUCCCGUGGACGAGAAGUCACUGGAGGAGGCUGCUUUACAAAUGCUCUUGAAAGAAGGCGAAGAACUUGCAGCCAAGGCUCGACAGAAACCCGAGUUUGACUUUGAGGAGGCCGAGGCUAUUGAGAAUGGAUUGAAACCGCCGGGGUCAACAUCAGCGCCAGGCAGGAGCGCCAACGGUUCCAGAUAUUCGACUAGAGCGGGCAGCCCAUCCCGAGAUUCCGAGGCAAGACGUGGCUCACUUGCAGACCGGGGUGAUCGGUCUCGAAAUUUGACCCGGGAUCGAAGCUGUAGUCGACCUCGCCGACGGCGCACAUCUCGUCCUGACGCGGAUCGUCGCCGUGAACGGUCCCGGGAUACUUCUGUGAGGUCUUGGGACCGCGAUAUGGAUGCGCGCCGUGCCGCAGUCGAUCCGUCAUCCGGCGUGACCGGGACCGCAGUCACGUUAGAGACCGAGAGUAUGACAAUUAUCGCCCUCGGCGCAGUCGGCCCUCCCGCUCGCCUGUACGCCGACGUUCGCGUAGCCGCUCGCGCUCACGAAUCCGUCGUGACCGCCCUCGAUCACGUUCUCGAUCCACUCGGCGACGAUCUAGGUCUCGGCGUCGCUCGCCUUCGCCCACUUUAG